GAUGCAUUAUCGUCAGCGAAAUACAACUGGUUGAUCACCGUCUGCCAGGCGGUUGAGGUCCAGCAAACAUUGCCGAGAAAGGACGCAUAGAAAUGCAACCACGAUUCCGUGUCCAAACCCUGUCCAAGGCUCUGAAGCCGAGCAGCAUACAGAUGACUGAAUCUGGAAUCUACGGAGUUACAGGUGUGGAACCUGAAGCUGGAUAUCAAGAGAACGGCUGGUCCGAUUUAAGCACAGAUCUGAGACAGAAGAUGGACUGCUUCCAUCGGUGUACGUGCAGUCAUCAACAAGGCUGAUAUGCAUUUGCAGAACUAAUAUUGACAUCAACA